AUGAUGAAUCAACCCAAACGUGCUGGCCGUGCAGGCGGCAUCAUCCUUCUGGCUCUCCUAUCCCUCUUCGCCUUAUCCAAUUUCCUUACACUUAUCCUAUCCAUGGUCGCUGCUGGCCAAUACUGGGCCUUAGAAGAUGAGGACCCCGAGCCCCAAACCGAGACCUAUCCCACUCCCACUCCACCAUGGCCUAUUCCUUUCCCAGAUCAGCUUCAAUCUGGCACUGUCUCUGGGGCAAUCAAACCUCGUGCCGUGAGCAAUUCAAUCAAUCUUGUGGAUAUUUCAGCACGACCAUACGUGCUCCUCGCUGCUCUCGCUGGUAUCACAUGGGUCAUUACCUCCAUCGCCAUCCUUCGCCUCUUCACCAAGAAUCGGUCCUUCAAUCACCGCGUUGCUCGCUACGUUUUCCGGGUUAUAGGCGCGGCAACCUCCGUAUUCUUGGUCAUCUUCUACCUCACCUACGCGCAUGCUGGCACAUUUUUCUUACCCUUCGUGACUUUCUACUGGCCCCUGGGCAGGGGAGGAGCGAUUAUGGCACAUUUAAACCUGUUGCUCGGCAUCUUCAUCACUUUGCUGGCUGCGGCCCUGGACACACCAAAGGACUGGGAUGCACCUACUGGCCCCAACAGUGGCCGAACUAGCCAGGUAUAA